AUAGAAUCACCUGCAAGGAACAAGACAUCGAUAAGACGUAUAAGACUUCACUAAAAUUAAAUUAGUUAUUAAUCGAUCAUCAAAAUGAAGGUUUUCCUGUUGUUUUUGCUGCUCGCCGUCACUGCUUCCGGUCAGUUGAUGAGCAGGAAAGUCGGGAAAUUAACCGAAGUGUUCGCCUGGAAGCAACUGACUUAUAACAUACAAGGAAACCUGUUUUUAGAAGAUCGAUUCGCUACUGACACUGACAGAAGGAGGAGACAAACUGACAGCGGAUUCAGACAAGACAAUCGGAAUCAGCUAUCAAAUCGCGGAGAUCUACCCCUCAGGCCGAGUUGGAAUCUAUUCAGACCCGAAAUCGUGAGACCAUUCGUGAAGCCUGUCGAGAACGAAACAGGAAGAUUCUUCGUUCAAUAUAACAAUGUGCCAAUGGGCGUUGAAAAGGUUGGCGACAGAUUGUUCAUUACAGUCCCUAGACGGAGAUAUGGUAUACCAUCCACGUUAAAUUACGUAGAUCUAACGACGGACUCCAACACACGGUCGCCGGCUUUGAGACCUUACCCUAGCCUGAGGGAGGGUAGUUCUCUGGUGUCUGUUUAUAGAACAAGAGCUGAUGAAUGCGGCAGACUCUGGAUGGUGGAUACUGGAAGACUGGAGAUACCUGACAAUCACCAGCAAGUACAGCCACCGGCGAUCGUGGUCUUCGAUUUGAAUACCGACAGAGAAUUAUUCAGAUACCAGUUCAAAAGCUCUGACAUACCGGCCGAGAACACUCCAACAGGACUGGCAUCGAUAACGAUCGACACGAAGUCGGGCUGCGAUACGGCUCACGCUUACGUCCCGGACCUGACCACAUACGGCAUCAUCGUGUACUCGUUGAGGGACAACGACAGCUGGAGAAUAUCGCACAGCUACUUCCAUUUCAAUCCGAUAGCGGGCAACUUGAACAUCGCCGGCCAGUCGUUCCAAUGGAGCGACGGAAUAUUCAGUCUGACUAUAAAGAAGACGGAAGACAGAUGCGACACGGCCUACUUCCAUCCUUUGAUCAGCACGCACGAGUUCGCUGUCUCCACGUGCCUCCUGAAUAACCGCACCGCGUCCUCAGACAGCGACUACUGGACCAGAUACUCAAUAGUCGGUGAACGCGGCCCAAACAGUCAAUCUACCAUGCAUGCCCAUGACGCGGAGACCAACGUAAUGUUUUACGCCGAAGUCGGCCGGGACGCCUUCUCCUGCUGGAACACUGCGAAGCCCCUGACGCCGAGCAACGUGGAAAUACUAGCCAAAGACGCCAUAAGGCUGAGCUAUCCUUCAGAUCUUCACAUAACAGACGGCGAGGUGUGGUUAAUGGCGAAUUCGUUGCCGCGCUUCGGUUAUGCUAGGCUCGACACGAACGAAUAUAACUUCUUUAUUUACAGGGCGAACAUUAGAGACGCUAUUUACGGGACAACAUGCAGCGGACGUUAGUAUUUUAAAUUUAUAACAUCGAAUGAACAACAGUACGGAGAAAUAAAUUGUAAUUUUUAUUAAAUAAAAAAUAAUCA